AUGGAGUAUGGCUCAAAAUGGACGUAUAUUGCGAAUUUUUUCCCAGGAAGGACUGAUAUUAACUUGAAAAACAGAUGGCAAAAGUUUAAAAAUCAAACAACUGUGGUUAAAUCUCAAGAAGAUAACAUAUUGAGAAAAGAAAAUGAUUAUGGUGUCAAAGCUCAAGAAGAAAACAAGAUGAGAGAUGGUAGUGUUGCAGCUUUGGUCAAUCCUCAAGAGUCUGAGAUAUGUUUUUAUGAAUGGCUGAAUUCUCCUGAGGGUGCUGAAGAAUUUUUUAUAUCGAAUGUUUCAAAAUAA